AUGGGAUUGCAACAUGAUGAAGAUGUUUCGAUUUCCAUUUGUGGGACUCUUUUGCCUGGGAAACAAGAUGAAUUUCAUGUGUGUAAUGAAACCAUUGAGGCUCCAGGGAAGCCGAUGCUCAAAGGGAUAUGGAUUCAGGCCACUGGUUCCAUCGAAUUGAUCCACACAACCAAACUUGGGCUUUAUGAGGAUGGCUCUUUAUUCGGCUUAAAUACAUUUCAUAUGAACGUUUCAUGUGUGGAACUCUUUUUUCUUGGGGCCAUUGGUUUGGUACGAGAAAGCCUUAUGAAGAACCGCAAACUCGGAGAGCACUCAAUAAAAUCCUCCAGAACAAUAGCCCGGUUGCGUGCUGGUGAUGGUGAUAUUGAUCCGACAGCGAGAUCAUGGUCUGAUCUGCCUCAGGAACUUCUAGAGCUGAUUGCAAACCGUUUGGGUGUAAUUCAACUUUUCGCCUUUCGGGGUGUCUGUAAAAGCUGGAGAUCAGCUUCUGCAGUUGCUUCUGCUGUCCACGAAUCUGUCGUCAAGAAACGGCCUAGUUUCCUAGUUUACGGUGAUCAGGGCACAAAAUGUUCCUUGUACUACAUGACAGAGGAAGCAGGUGAUGAUGAAUCAGGAAGAAAAGUGUAUCAUAUGGACAUCCCGGAAUUUGAAAACGCCACUUGCCUUGCAUCCAAUCAGGGGUGGCUGCUUUUACACCAAUCAUCAGGCUCAGGCUCAGGCUCAGGCUCAUUGUUUUUUUUCAGCCCUCUUUCGCGUGCCAGGAUCGACUUGCCGCGUUUGCCUGAAGCAGAACUGUCAUGUCAUUUUGGGGCGUUUUCCGGUCCUCCUACUUCUCCUGAAUGCAUUGCGGCUGUGGCUAAGAAAUGUGAAAACGAUCGAGUGAAACUGUACUUGCUUCGCCGUGGCGAGAAAGCGUGGACUGAGCAUGAACUUGUUGAUCAAGUGCUUGGUUCUAUUAAGGCUGGUCUUUAUCUAGAGGAGAAAUCAAGCUUUUAUUUCAUGGAUGACAACAGCAAACUGCUGAAAUUUUCGGUGAAACAGGAAUCCUGGACUCCUUAUAGAAUUUUGCCCCCUGGUUCUGGGAAGGGCAUAGACGUCAUGCCAUUUAAUUAUGAUGACGAGGUUUUCAACCUAUACAACAUGAAAGCCUGGAUGGGAUUGCAGGGCGAUGACGAUCUUUCGAUUUCCAUAUGUGGGACUCUUAUACCUGGGCAAAGCAGUCCCGUUUUUGCUUGCAAUGAGAACAUGGAGGCUCCUGAUGGAAGUGAGAAGCCGAAGCUGAAAGGGAUAUGGAUUGAAGCCAGAGUUGAAAUCAUAGCCAAUGAUCAGGGCAACAGAACUACGCCAUCUUAUGUGGCUUUUACAGAUGAAGAGCGUCUCAUUUGGGAUGCAGCUUUCAACCAGGUUGCCUUGAAUCCUGUUAACAGAGUAUUCGAUGCAAAGAGAUUGAUCGGAAGAAAAUUCAGUGAUGAGUCUGUUCAGAGUGACAUGAAACUCUGGCCAUUUAAGAUGAAGCAAAUUGCGGAAACAUUCAUUGGGUCAACGGUGAGUGAUGCUGUGAUCACUGUUCCUGCCUAUUUUAACAAUUUGCAGCGUCAGGCGACAAUGGACGCGGGAGAAAUUGCGGGCAUUACUGUUUUGCGGAUCAUCAGCGUACCAGUAGCUGCCGCCAUUGCUUAUGGCUUGGAUCAUCAUUCCAGGACCGAAGCGAAAAGGGAUGUUCUCAUUUUCAAUCUUGGGGGCGGAACUUGUGAUGUAUCAACUCUCACCAUUGAGAAUGGAAACAUCAAAGUCAAGGCUACUGCGGGUGAUACUCAUCUUGGUGGGGAGGAUUUCGACAAUAGAAUGGUGAACCACUUCAUUAAGGAAUUCAAGAGGAAACAUAGCAAAGAUGGCAUUGAAUUUUCAGCAAGAAUCACCAGGCCCAAGUUCGAGGAGUUGAACUCUGAUUUAUUCACCAAGUGUAUCAAGCUUGUCGACAAGUGUUUGACGGAUGCCCAGAUGAACAAAUGUGAUUUGAAUGAUGUUGUCCUGGUGGGCGGUUCGAGUAGGAUUCCAAAGGUUCAGCAACUGUUACAAGACUUGCUAAAAGGGAAGGAGCUCUGUAAAAGUAUCAACCCUGAUGAAGCUGUUGCUUACGGCGCAUCUGUUCAAGCCGCAACCUUGAGCAGAAUUUGUGAUGAGAAGAUUCAGGACUUCAAACUUCUGGAAGUCACCCCUUUAUCUCUUGGUGUUGAUGUUGUUGGAGACAUAGUGAGUGUUUUAAUCCCUAGGAAUCCUGCCAUACCAACCAGAGAAACAAAGAAUGUGACGACUGUUCCUGAUUACCAAUCUGCAAUGAGAAUCAAAGUGUUGGAGGGUGAGAGAGCCAGAUCAAGCGACAACAAUUUUUCAGCUUCCCUGUUCAGUUUCUUCCUGAUUUGGGGUGUUUGGUGGGAGAAAAGGAAGAGAAGAAGAAAUGUUGAUAGGCAUCAGAUCAAGAAGUAUUUCAAGAGCAUUGAUGCUCAUGAGUCGAAGCUUCAAUCGGCCAUUCUCUGUCCAAACAGAAAGAGUUGUGCCGGUCCAAAAGUUUCUCAGCUUUGGCUACCAUUUCUAACUCGGAAAUUUGAAGGCAAGGUAGCACUAAUCACAGGAGGAGCAGAUGGGAUUGGAAGAGAGACCGCCAUCAGAUUCAUUGACAACGGAGCCCAGGUUGUCAUCGCGGAUAUCAACAAACAAAUGGGCCUAGAAACAGCUUCCAAACUCGGGUCCAACGCCUCAUUCGUUCCCUGUGACGUGACCAACGAAUCCGACGUGUCCGACGCCGUGGACUUCGCCGUCUCCCAGCACGGCCACCUAGACAUCAUGUACAACAACGCCGGCAUCGCGUGCCGGACUCCGCCGAGCAUAGCCGACCUAGACCUCGCCGCAUUCGACCGGGUCAUGGCGAUCAACGUCCGCGGCGUCGUCGCCGGAAUCAAGCACGCGUCCCGUGUGAUGAUCCCGAGGCAAUCCGGCUGCAUCCUGUGCACCGCCAGCAUCACCGGUGUGAUGGGCGGUUUAGCUCAGCAUACCUACUCAAUCACUAAAUGCAGCGUCAUCGGAGUCGUGAAAUCCGUGGCGGCGGAGCUAUGCAAGCACCGAAUCCGGGUGAAUUGCAUCUCGCCGUUUGCUAUUCCGACAAGCUUCGUGUUGGAAGAAUUGAAAGACUAUUUUCCGGGCGUGGAGUCCGAGAGGCUCGCUGCCAUGAUCCAUAACGCGGGAGAGCUCAAGGGGGCAAUUUGUGAGCCGGCCGACAUAGCCAACGCGGCGGUGUUUCUAGCCUCCGAUGAGGCAAACUUCCCUUUUCAGUUUCUUCCUGAUUUUUGGUGUUUGCUGGGAGAAAAGGAAAGAGAACAAGAAAUGUUGAUGGGCAUCAGAUCAAGAAGUAUGUCAAGAGCAUUGAUGUUCAUGAGUCCAAACUUCAAUCGGCCAUUCUCUGUCCAAACAGAAAGGAAAUUUGAAGGCAAGGUAGCACUAAUCACAGGAGGAGCAAAUGGGAUUGGAAGAGAGACCGCCACCAGAUUCAUUGAGAACGGAGCCCAAGUUGUCAUCGCAGAUAUCAACAAACAAAUGGGCCUAGAAACAGCUUCCAAACUCGGGCCCAAGGCCUCAUUCGUUCCCUGCGACGUCACCCAGGAAUCCGACGUCUCCGACGCCGUGGACUUCGCCGUCUCCAAGCACGGACACCUAGACAUCAUGUACAACAACGCCGGCAUCGCAUGCCGCACCCGGAGGAGCAUCGUCGACCUGGAACUCGCCGAUUUCGACCGCGUCGUGGCCGUCAACGUCCGCGGCGUCGUCGCCGGAAUCAAGCACGCGUCGCGGGUGAUGAUCCCGAGGCAAUCCGGCGUCAUACUGUGCACCGCCAGCAUCACCGGCAUGAUCGGCGGUUUAGCCCAGCACACCUACUCCAUCACUAAAUCCAGCGUCAUCGGAGUCGUGACAUCCGUGGCGUCGGAGCUAUGCAAGCACGGAAUCCGGGUGAAUUGCAUCUCGCCGUUUGCUAUCCCGACCAACUUAGUCAUGGGAGAUUUGAAAGAAUUUUUUGCAGGUGUGGAGACCGAAAAGCUCGUCGCCAUCAUACAUAACGCCGGAGAGCUCAAGGGGGCUAAUUGUGAGCCCGCCGACAUAGCCAAUGCGGCGUUGUUUUUAGCGUCGGAUGAGGCAAAGUAUAUCAGCGGCCAUAAUCUGGUGGUUGACGGCGGUUUUACAACCAUGAGGAGCUUAAACUUAAGCCUUCCCGGACAAGAUUAA